AAUCUCCUCUUCUUCAAGCUGUGAGCAAUGGACAAGAAUAUAUGGUAAAAGCUUUGGUUCACGAAGGCGCCGACUUGUCAACUAUGAAUUCAAAAGGUGAUUCACCUUUACAUGAAGCAGCGUCGAAUGGGAAACUUGCCAUGGCGGAACUUCUUGUUAGUUUAGGUGCCGACUUGUCAGCUAGAAAUAAUGAGAAAAAUUCUCCUUUACAUGAAGCUGCGAAGAAUGGCAAAGUUGGCAUGGUGAGACGUUUGAAUAGUUUAGGUGCCGACUUAUCAGCUAGAAAUUAUAAGGGAAUGACUCCUUAUGACAUAGCAGAAGAGAAAUAUAGGAAAUUUCAGCACAGUCAAUUUUCGAAUGAAUUCAAAGACACACUUGAUUAUCUUAAGGAAAAAAGAGACUCUUUUAGAGGAACCAUUGAACAACUAAGUAAUAUUAGAAAAAGUGAAACAGCUGGUAUUGAUGUUUCUAGCUUGCCAAAAGAAGAAGAGACAAUUGAUAAAAAGGACAAGGAUAUUCAUCUACCGUGGUUGGUUGAUGCUGACGAAUUCCAGUGUAUGCUAUCACAAGGAGAAUUUUUGUCUUACGAAAACCGUUUGAGUCUAGGCGGACCAUGUAAGGCAGGGAAGAGUACUCUCGCAAGCGUACUUAUUGGCGAAGACAUUCCAUUACAAUGGAAUUCUACAGACGGGUUGGUCAUAUUUUUCGGUAGGAAUGGUAUUGACAUUAAAAAGAAGAAAAUGAUUCCUCUUAAAGAAGGUGAACGGGGCCAUGAAAUUUUGGCAAAGAUUCUGCGAGGAAAACCAAAUGUUCAAGUGCAGCCUGACGAGAACACCAAACAGCAACUUAUACCCACUUAUAGCCAGAAUAGUCAAGCAGAUAUAAGAUACAUGUCAUCUAAAGCAUCUGCCACACAAGCACAAUCAGUUAACAAGGAUAAAGAUAAUCCAGCAUACCAAGUCGCAACUAUAACUAGUGAAUCAAUCACGGAGCAUGUAGAAACAAAAAUUUCAAACAGAGGAAUGCUCCCUGUUCCUUCUGAGAUACAGUCAAUAGAUUGUCAGACGUUGCAACUUCAAACAAGUAUCUUAGACGAAGUCAGAGAUAGGGAAUAUAGAAUAGAAAUUGCACCUUCUGAUCUGGUCGAUUUUGGUGGCCAGAAAUCAUACGAUAUGACACAUCAACUUUUCAUACAACACCGUGGAUCAUUUUUAUUAAUGUUUGAUGGCAGGUUUGGUUUACACAAACAGCUUCGCGAGUAUCCAGAAGGAGUGACUUCUGCCUCCAUACUAAAACACUGGGUUGAUUCAGUGUUGACCUACACCGACGAUACUGAAGACAUAAUGCCAAUGAUCAUGUUUGCUGCAACACACAGGGACCAGUGCAUGGAAACAGUGAAAUUAAAGGAAAAUUUCAUUAAGGAUUUGAAACAUAUGUUCUCCCAGCAUGAGAAAAGCAUUCACAUACACCUUGAGACGGUAUAUUUUAUCAAUGGAAUUGAUAAAAAUGACGCCGAAAUACAACGGCUGACGGACCAAGUCGUCAUGUUUGCAAUGAUGCAAUCAUCCUGGGGCCAACGAAGACCAAUGCAAUGGGUUCCUUUAGAGUUACAAAUCUCCAACAUGAGAAUGAAAAAUAUAAACAUCAUAACGAAGGAAGAUCUUCGAAAUGUUAACAAGAUGAAUGACGACCUAGCCUUAAAUGAACACCAGAUGGACGAUUUCCUGAUAAUUCAGCAUUCCUUAGGUAAACUGAUGUACUACAGCCUCCCAGGGUUAAACAACUUCAUCAUCAUUCAUCCUCCAGCACUGGUUAAUAUAUUAAGGUCAUUUGUGACCGAUGAAAAGUUCUUUCCAGCAGACAAAAGCCUUAGAUACAUUUUAGAAAUAUUGACAGAGACUGGUAAAAUCUUUAAAACUGACCUUUUAAAGCUUUGGCAACAAGAUAAUGUUCAUCAGUAUAUGCCAUCAGAUAGCAUCAAAGAAUUUGUUGUACAGCUCCUCGUUCAUUUAGAUAUUCUGAUUAUCCCAAAGGCGUUUAAACAAACUCCGUCUGUAGCUGACGUUUAUCUUGUUCCAUGCAUGAUAAAGACUAUUAGACCAUCCGAUUUCAACUUGGGUCAGACAGAAAGAACGAUAUGUUUGCGGUAUUCACUAGAACGGCAUUCACUUCCCACUGCACUGGCUUACAAACUUAUUGGAGGAUCAGUCAACGCUUGGCCAUUGAAGUACGAAAGUAACAAACCGUGUCUUUAUCACAAAGCUGCAGUGUUGAAUGUCAAUGAAGAUACGGAGCUCCGAAUAUGGUUAGAAGACAAUCGACUUAUGGUUUACAUGACAAACCAGGAAUCUUUAUUACAUAUUUCACCGGAUGUAGCAGCAAGUGUACAAGAGUGUCUGACAAAGAAUCUUGAGGUAUCUCUCUCGUUUCAUUAUAAGAGCUUUGGUAGAAAAAUGGCACUAACUAAAUUAUCAGAACUAUACUCUAUUGAAGUAGGCAUUCCAUGUGGCAGGAAUGUUUGCUUUAAAACUUUGCAAGAUGUAAUGAAAGAUGACCAAUGGACAUGUGAAAAAGGGGAGGAACAUAAAACCAAAUAUUUACGUUACUGGAUCUUCAACAAGGCACAAAAGACGUGUGGACAUGAAUGUAAAGGUCUCACCGACGAUGAAUUAAGAGCAGAACCGUCUGAUAAGCAUCUUGUUAGAUUAGGAUGUCAUAUUGGUAUAAAUUUGUUUCGAGAAUAUUUUAUCUACUUGGGAAUGGAAGUGGAGGAAUGGGAAGAUAUCAAUUUCCAGUAUGUUGGUCACAGUCCAAAAGGAAUUAAGUCGGUGGCACUGAUGCAAUGGAAAAAUUCGAUGUUAUUGAAAUCAAAGGAUCCUACUUUGAAAGACCUUCGUGAUGCCCUGAAAAAUGUGGAGCUGGAUAGUCAUCUUAUAUGUCAGAUAUUUAGGGAAAGAUCAGCGUUGUUGGCAAUGGCGGACUUCAAUCUCCAGACUAUCCCAAGUGACCAACAUUUGAAAGAAUUGUCAAAUCAGGUCGGCAAUUGCCCAUUGCAGUUGGGAGUAGAACUUGGAUUAAGUUUUACUGAAAUUGAACAAAGUUUGUUCAGUUUUCCAAAAGAUCUGCCCGGUUUGGUGGAAGAUGUAUUGACAAAAUGGAGGAGAAAGUCAAAAGUCAAGACCAUUUACAGUUUAAUGUUGGCACUUGAACGCGUGAAUACAGGUGGACUCCAAUACCUACGCGAAAUAUCAAAGCGCCCUCAUGCAAAGUAAUAGAAAAACCAUCAUGUCUGCAAAAGUCUUAUUUUGUAACCAAAACAAUAACUUUGAAGAAUGUUUUAUGAUUUUAUGACACAAUAUGCACCACGAUUGCUUUUUCAUACUCAAUUCGUUUUAAAUGUGAAUGUAGUUUUGUGAUGCAUAG